GUUGUUGAGCUGUUGUUUAUUGUGCGACGUUUAGUUUUCUGUUGUGAAAUUCGCUUUCGUUUUUGAUUUUGAUUUUCGUCAUCAUUAUUAAUCAAAAAAUUUUGAUUUUUUUUUCCCGAUUCUGAUUCAAUUGAAAAUUUUCAAUCCAAAAUGAGUGGUAGAGGAGGAUAUCGUGGUGGUGGUGGUGGUGGUGGCGGCGGCAGAGGCCGUGGUUAUGAUCGUGGUGGUGAUGGUCAAGAUCGUGGGGGUGGCCGUGGUGGUGGAUUUAAUCGUGGCGGUGGUGGUGGUGGAUUUAACCGUGGCGGUGGUGGUGGUGGAUUUAAUCGUGGCGGCGGUGGUGGAUUUAAUCGCGGUGGUGGACGUGGCGGCGGACGUGGUGGUGGUUCGGGUGGUGAUCGUGGUUAUCAACAGCCGAAUGUUACAUCAUAUCCUGAAUCUCAAAAUUAUGCUAUUGUUCGUCGUAGUGUUGAACCACAUGGACAACACGGAAAACAAGUUGAAUUAUUGGCUAAUCAUUUCAAGAUCAAUGUUGGAUCAGUUUUGGUGUAUCAAUAUGAUUUGAGUAUCGAUUUUGCCGACGAAAAUGAUCGUCAAUAUUUCAAUGCUGACAAUGAUAAGAAGCAAAAAUAUUUUGCCAAACAUUCAUAUGCAAUUUUUCAAGAAUUUGUUGCCGCUAAUGCGAACUUUUUCAAUUUCCAUUAUGUUUAUGAUCGUAGCAAGAAUUUGUUCACUUCUAAACCAUUGAAUACGAGUGUAUUGCCCAAAACAAUCGAAGUACAAAUUGAAAGUCGCAAAAAACAUUUUCAAAUCGCUUUAAACAUGGUACAACAGAUUGAUCUGACUCAUAUUGAUGAAUAUUACAAAAUGACCGCAUCGGAUUUGCCUGAAGUUAUGCGACAUUUCAUGGAGUUAUUGUUCCAAUAUUGUUACACUUGUCGUUUUUUCUCGCAUCAACAUGGCUUUUACGAUACCGAUUCAAGUAGUUUGAUGCGUGGCCCAAUGGAAUGGGUUAAGUUUGCUAGUGGUUUUAGCCAUGGUGUUUGUCUUACCGAAAUGGGAUUAUCGUUGAACAUUCAUUUGAAAACAUCAUGUUUGAUCUCUCCUUCGGUGGAUGAAUUAUCAAAAUUGGUAACAUUGAUUGCUGGUGGCCGUGAUCCAUCACAAUUUGGUCCUGGUGAUAUUGUUGCAGCGAAUAAAAUUAUUCGUGGAUUGAAAAUUUACACUACUCAUACUGGUCGUAAAACAUGUUACACCAUCAAAGGAUUGACUGUUCAGAAGCCUAAUGAACAUAAAUUCACUAAAAAAACUAAAGAUCAAGAUGAAGGUCAAAUUGUAUCGAUUCAGGAAUAUUUUCUUGAAAAAUACAAAGUGCGUGUACAAAAUUAUCCAUUGGUUUCUACGGUUGGCAAAGAACAAUUCAUUCCACUUGAACUUUGCCGUAUGGUCGAUAAACAAUUUUUGAACAAUUCAAAAAUUCAAGCCGAUGCUAACAUACCGAAUGAAUUGCUUCGUGUAUCGACACAUAAACCACUGAUUUAUUUCGAUAAAUUAUCAAAAAUUUCCAAUCAAAUUCCAUCAUUAAGUCCAGAAUUGAUGUCUGAAUUUAAAACGGAUUUUUUCACAAAACCAAUUCGUUUCACUGGAAGGGUAUUGGACACACCACGUCAAAUGAAUGCACAACGUAUGGAACCGUUUUUUCGCUCCAUACCGAAAACUCCAUGGGCAUUUGUUAGUUUGGAUAUCAAUUUCAAUAAACCGGACGUUGAAAACAUUGUUAGUGAAUUGGUGACAACUGCUAAACGAUAUAAGCUUGAUUUAUCCAACUGUCGAAACAAGAUUGUUACACCAGUCAAUCCUGGCAAUCUGGCACAAGUGGAUUUAAUUUUUGCCAAAAUUAAAACCGAAAUUCCCGAUUUGAAAUUAUUGUUUGUCGCAUUGCCUCAAUGUGCUGGCAUGUAUAACAUGGUAAAAUUUUGUGGUGAUCAAAAAUAUGGUUUCGCUACUCAAUGUUUGAAUUCAAUGAAAGCUAAACAACGUGGACGUGGAUAUUUAGACAACGUACUGUUGAAAGUAAAUGGAAAAAUUGGUGGCCAAAAUAGUAUUAUCGAUGCAUCAGAAUGGAAAAAAUUACCAUUCGAUCAUGCGAAAACCAUGGUAUGUGGUAUUGAUGUUAAUCAUCCUGGCCAAACGGAACGUAUUGAAAGUUCAAUUGCAGCCGUUGUUGGUAGCUAUGAUGAUUUGUUUACAUUGUAUACGGCAUCUAUUUGUUCACAAACUAAACGUUGUGAUGAAGAAAUUACGUGUUUGGAACCAAUGAUUACAGAAUUGUUGGAUGCAUAUCAUCAACGAAAUAAAUUCUAUCCACAAACAUUGGCUGUGUUUCGUGAUGGUGUAUCGGAUGGCCAAUUUCAGUAUGCAGAAAAGGAAAUCAAACAAAUCCGUACGGCUUUUCGGAAAAAAGUACCGAAAGGGAAAAUCAUUUUCAUCGUCGUACAAAAAGGUCAUCGAACACGAUUUGUAUUGUCCAAACCGAGUGGCCCAAAUGAUCGUCCCGUGUAUAAUGUACCAUCGGGAACUGUUGUCGAUCACACUAUUGUCGAUCCAUCACAACACAUGUUUUUCUUGAAUUCACAUUUCUCACAAUUGGGAACAUCACGUCCAAUGAAAUAUGUUAUAUUGGAAAAUGAUUUCGACAAGAAAAUAUUCAACAAUGAUGCAUUGCAAAAAUUUGUUUUUUAUCUUUGCCACAAUUGUACUCGAUUCCGUGGUGGUGCCAUUGCUUUGCCAACACCAGUUCGUUAUGCUGAUCUUUGUGCUUAUCGUGCUAAAAUUCAUGUUGAAGCCCAAAUUGAAAAACUAUGUAUGCCUCGUGGCCAAAUCAUUCAAGGUGAUUAUGAAAAGAAAUUGAUUGAUCGCUUGAAUGAAUUGGUAAAAAUUCAUCAAUCACUUAAACGUGUUCUUUACUAUGCUUAAUGGCAAACAAUAUAAACAGAUUCUCUUUUUUUUCAAUCAUUAAAAUUUAAAUUCAAUUUCUA